GUCAAAAUGGCGAAGAGAGGCGGACAGCUCCACGUGGACGUUUCCAACGACGAUGAAUGGGACGCCGUACUACUGAGAGAUGGCCUUUUAGUGGUGGACAUCUACUCGGACUGGUGCGGCCCCUGCUCCGGCAUGUCGGCCAACUUGAAGAAAAUAAAACUCGAAGUCGCCGGAGAUUCGAUGGUGAUGGUAUUGGCCAAAUGCGACAAGAUAACCGCCCUGGAGCGCUUCAGGUUGAAAAGCGAACCCACUUGGAUGUUCAUAUCGAAAGGCAAAAUGACGAAUCUCAUAUUCGGCACGAACGCCCCGGAGAUCACUCGCAUCGUUCUGAGCGAGGUGGCCAAGGAGCAGCACGCCGCUGAUACGGGCCUGGAUCAGCGGGAGAAGCUGGAAAUCAGCCAGCUGCAUCCGAUCGAGGUGGGCCGCUUCGAGGAGGCGAUGCUGGCGAAGAAGCUAGCCAUAGAGAAGGAGGAGGCGCGGCGGUUGAAGAACAUCUACGACAGGAAGCGGAAGGAGUGCAUGAACAUCCUGAACAACCUCGCGCUCGGCGUGAUUUUGGUGUUCCCGUGCGCUACCAACAAGUACACCGAUUGCGUGAACGACUUCGUGAAAGAAGCGAGUUGUUCGAUUUUCGCUACUGAAAGGGCUGAGAUAACAAUGGAGUUGUUAGACGAGAUGUUUUACUUUUACGAUAAAGAAGAGCCGGCUUUCGACGAGAUAACUUUGGAGGAAAUUCUGACCAAAAAAUCGGUGUUAGUCGCUAUAAAAGGUUCCCAUUCGGCGGAUACAUCCAACUUUGAAGCUUUAAUGUGCCAUAUAGUGUAUGGUAAAAAUAGCCAAGGACCUCCAGGAGACCGGUAUUGUUUCUACGAAAAAACAACGUGCGAAGUCGAAGACGAGGAGACCGGCGAAGUUCAAUUGCUUCCCGGUGUUUGGAUACCCCAUUCGGCGUUCAUUAGAGCCACAAUGCUAAGGUUGUUCUUCCACAAAUUCACCGAAAACUUCGAAAUACCCGACCCCGGUCCGACUCCACCUCACUACGCGAUGGUUUUCGACACGAACAAGAUCAAAGACGCCCUGCAUUGCAUGAGCAAAUGGCCGAAGCAGAUUUUGCAUUACGGUUUCUUCACCAACGAAAAUCCAGCCGAGGCCGAAUUGGUAGCGAAGAGCGUGCAACGAUUGGAAUUGCCCGAUUACAGAGCCAAACGAACUUACGAAGAGAAACUAGUAAUGGCUGUGUCUAAGAAGAAGAGCGAAUUGUUGCUGGAUCUGAUUGAAUUGGAACCGGUUUAUAUGUCGAUGACCACGGAGGAUGGGGAAAAAGAUAGGGAAAUGUUCUUCCCUGAUGAUUACGCUGAUUCGCUGCCAGACGAGGAGCUAGUAUACAUUGAACCGCCGGAGGAAGAGAUGCCGGAGGAAGAAGAGGAAGAGGGCAUGGAAGGCGAUUAAUUGCAGAUGGUUUUUUUUAUUUUAUCUACGUUUUACAUUUAUUUUAAGUUCGGUAAAUUUUAUGUAGCGUACGCAAUAUAAGCUUU